AUGCGCAUGCUCAUUGUAGUUGUUUUUUUCCGUUGCUGCCUUUGUGAGACGUAUUUGUGCCAAUCUCACUCAGCAAACCUCUUUCCAAUAUUUCCGUCUUUUUUCGUCUGCUUUAUCCAUUUUUUCUUUUCUUUUAUCCAAGCUUUUUAUUUAGAGUUGUUUUUCUCCAAUUAUAAUUUUCAAAAUUAUUUUCGUUUUUUUUUCUUCAUCAUCAUCCCAUUCCUUUAUAAUUUUAUUGCUAUCUCUUCCUCCUUUCUAAGUUCUCUUUCAGUUCUUUCCCACUCCUAUUUCGUUGAAUAUAUCGAUGAAUUCUUCAAUUUUCUAUCGCAUCUGCCGUCUCUUCCUCAUUUCUUUCUCGUCCCCGUCUCUUUUCCUCGUCUGUUCCCCGUCUCUUCCCCUUUCUCGUCUAUUCCCCAUCUCUUCCUCAUUUCUUUUUUUCCCCCCCUCUUCCUCCUUUCUCGUCUCUUCCCCUCUAAUCCUCUUUCUUCCUCAUUUCCCCUCUUCCUCGUUUCUUUCUCGUCUCUUCCCCCUCUAAUCCUCGUUUCUUUCUCGUCUCUUCCUCGUUUCUUUCUCGUCUCUUUCUCGUUUCUUUCUCGUCUCUUUCCCCCUCUAAUCCUCUUUCUUUCUUUUUCCCCUCUAAUCCUUCUCUUUCCAGUCCCCCCCUUCCUCUUUCUUUCUCGUCUCUUCUCUUUCCUCGUCUCUUUCCCCAGCUUCUUCCCCUCUUCCCUCGUCUCUUUCCCCAGGCUCUCUUUCCCAGCUUCCCUCUUCUCCCCCCGGCUUCUCUUUCCCGGCUUCUCUUUCCCGGCUUCUCUUUCCCGGCUUCUCUUUCUUUCCCCCAAAUUCUCUUUCCAGCUUCCCUCGUCUCUUUCCAGCUCGAACAAGGUUUCCCGAAAUUCCAUUUCUUUCCCUUUCCUGGAGAAGUUAGCUCUCUCGUUACAAAUUUUUCUCUCUCAAAGUUUCUUUCCUUUUUUCCCGAUGUCUUUCCCCUCUCUUUCCCAGCAUUUCUUUCCGGCCCUAAUCAAUUUUCGCUCUCUUCCUGGCUCUCACUUCCGCUCAGUUUUCCCGGCCUCGUCCUUUCUUUCGCCAGCGUCCUUUCUUUCGCCAGCGUCCUUUCUUUCGCAGCGUCCUUUUCUUUCGCCAGCGUCCUUUCUUUCGCCAGCGUCCUUUCUUUCGCCAGCGUCCUUUCUUUCGCCAGCGUCCUUUCUUUCGCCAGCGUCCUUUCUUUCGCCAGCGUCCUUUCUUUCGCCAGCGUCCUUUCUUUCGCCAGCGUCCUUUCUUUCGCCAGCGUCCUUUCUUUCUCCUUUCUUUCGCCAGCGUCAGCGUCCUUUCUUUCGCCAGCGUCCUUUCUUUCGCCAGCGUCCUUUCUUUCGCCAGCGUCCUUUCUUUCGCCAGCGUCCUUUCUUUCGCCAGCGUCCUUUCUUUCGCCAGCGUCCUUUCUUUCGCCAGCGUCCUUUCUUUCGCCAGCGUCCUUUCUUUCGCCAGCGUCCUUUCUUUCGCCAGCGUCCUUUCUUUCGCCAGCGUCCUUUCUUUCGCCAGCGUCCUUUCUUUCGCCAGCGUCCUUUCUUUCGCCAGCGUCCUUUCUUUCGCCAGCGUCCUUUCUUUCGCCAGCGUCCUUUCUUUCGCCAGCGUCCUUUCUUUCGCCAGCGUCCUUCGCCUUUCGCGUCCUUUCUUUCGCCAGCGUCCUUUCUUUCGCCAGCGUCCUUUCUUUCCUUAGCGUCCCGUUCUUUCGCCAGCGUCCUUUCUUUCGCCAGCGUCCUUUCUUUCGCCAGCGUCCUUUCUUUCGCCAGCGUCCUUUCUUUCGCCAGCGUCCUUUCUUUCGCCAGCGUCCUUUCCAGCGUCCUUUCUUUCGCCAGCGUCCUUUCUUUCGCCAGCGUCCUUUCUUUCGCCAGCGUCCUUUCUUUCGCCAGCGUCCUUUCUUUCGCCAGCGUCCUUUCUUUCGCCAGCGUCCUUUCUUUCGCCAGCGUCCUUUCUUUCGCCAGCGUCCUUUCUUUCGCCAGCGUCCUUUCUUCAGAUGUUUAUCUUUUCCCCUUAACCCGUCUUUCUUUAUUUUAUCGCAUCACCAAAUUUCCCCUUACCACUACCAACGCCUUCCCGUCAGCACAGAGUGAUUCAUUGCUGACCCAAGACAUUUCUUCGGACACCUUUUCACUGUUCGUCGUAUACAAAACUAUAAAAUAUACUGGCCAACAUUUUGUUUCGCUAAGGGCAGGACGAAGGGUUGACUUUAUCUAUCUAUCUAUAUACUAA